AUGGUAGAGAUAGAUACUAGUACUUCUCCUAAAGAGUCAUUGGAGACGACGACUGUUCAGUCCCCGACCUCUAGCUCCAAAUACAGUAAGCAUAUCGUGUUGACUACCUACCCCGGCCAAAGCGGUAUCGAUCCGGUUCCUUUAAAAUGGGGUGCCCCCGAUGCAACAUCUCGCGGUCCUGUCGUCGUUUCCCGCAGUGGUGCUCUGAUCAAGCGCCGUAAUGCUAUGGGCGCGCAUGGUGGGAGUUACAGUAUUUACAACGCCCUGGCGAUCGCAGCGGGCGACCUGGACUCCGAUUUCCGCCCUGAUUUCCGCAACACUGAACCUACCUUCAACUUUCCCUGGCAGCCUGCCUGGGCUGACAAGACCAAAAUUGUCUCCAUGGACCCCUACGGGCAUGAUAUUGUCAAUCAAUUCCGGGAGGAGAUUAAUGCUGGCUGGGAUAUUCGCCCUACGAUGGCGGUGACCCGUGCUAAUAUGAAACUUUCUGAGAUUGGGGAAGCUAUACGUGAUGGGCAGUUGGAAGUUGAUGGCUCAAUUGUUGUCGACUCUUCUGGUGAAGUCCGCGUUACUAAAGUUGCUGUUGAACCGGUUUGGUACCUGCCGGGUGUUGCUGAGCGGUUUGGAGUGGAUGAGCCCACACUCCGUCGGACUUUGUUUGAGCACACGGGUGGAAGUUACCCUGAGCUGAUUACAAGACCUGACCUUAAGAUCUUCCUUCCUCCGAUUGGAGGCCUUACAGUAUACAUCUUUGGUCCUCCGGAGCGAGUAUCUGAUGAGAAGGUGAAACUUGCCUUGCGGAUUCACGAUGAGUGCAACGGAAGUGAUGUGUUCCAGUCUGAUAUUUGCACAUGUCGACCUUACUUGGCAUUUGGCAUCCGUGAAGCAAUCCGAGAGGCGCAGAAUGGAGGUAGUGGUGUUGUUAUCUAUUUCCGGAAGGAAGGUCGUGCAUUAGGAGAGGUGACCAAGUAUUUGGUCUACAAUGCCCGCAAACGCGGAGGUGAUACCGCCGAUAAAUAUUUUACAAGAACUGAAAAUAUUGCUGGGGUUCGAGAUAUGCGUUUCCAAGCCCUCAUGCCCGAUAUCCUGCAUUGGCUGGGCAUUAAGAAGAUCGACCGGAUGCUUUCCAUGUCCAAUAUGAAGCACGAUGCCAUCGUCGACUCGGGAAUCAAGAUUCUUGAACGGGUUCCUAUACCAGAGGACAUGAUUCCUGACGACUCGCGGGUCGAGAUUGAUGCAAAGAUCAACGCUGGAUACUUUACUACCGGAAAGCAGUAUACUAUGGACGAGCUGGCUCAGGUGCGCGGGCGUGGCUGGGAAAAGUGGGAGGACGUUACGGUAAUAAUGGCAUCGCAGCACCCCGCAGUUAGUCCUCAACCCCACGUUCCCAAACCGGGAGUAUGGUGCCCUGCCGUAACAUUCUUCAACCACGAGACAGACACUCUAGACCUUGAGUCUCAAAAGCAAUACUAUGCGUAUCUCUCCAAGACCGGCCUCGCCGGUCUCGUUAUCCUCGGAACAAACUCGGAGGCCUUCCUCCUCACCCGGGAAGAGCGCUCCCAACUCAUCGCUGCCGCCCGCGAAGCCGUCGGCCCUGACUUUCCCCUGAUGGCCGGUGUGGGCGCACACUCCACUAAGCAAGUGCUGGAGCUCGCAGCAGACGCAGCCGCCGCCGGUGCAAACUACCUUCUUGUCCUGCCCCCUGCUUACUUCGGCAAAGCCACCACAAAUACGGUCGUGACGCGGUUCUUCGCCGACGUUGCGCGUCAGGUAGCUCUUCCUGUCGUGGUGUAUAACUUCCCCGGCGUCUGUAACGGUGUGGAUCUUGACUCGGAAACCAUCACUGCUAUCGUGCGGGAGUCUGCGGCGUCUAGCCCCGACGGUGUCUCGAAUGUUGUCGGCGUGAAGCUUACUUGUGCCUCUGUGGGUAAGAUCACCCGGUUGGCGGCUACAUUCCCACCGUCUGAGUUCGCUGUAUACGGUGGACAAUCGGAUUUCUUGAUAGGGGGGUUGAGCGUUGGGUCGGCUGGGUGUAUUGCGGCCUUUGCGAAUGUGUUCCCGCGCACGGCAUCUAGGGUCUAUGAGUUGUAUGCUGCUGGGAAGGUGACCGAAGCGAUGGAGCUGCAGAGGAAAGCUGCAUUGGCGGAGAGUCCCUGUAAGAGUGGAAUCGGUCCGACUAAAUAUGCAACUGCGAUUUACACGGCUCCGUUGGCGGGCAUUGAGGGGGCAAUAGAGAAGCUAAAGCCAAGGACGCCAUAUGAGGAGCCGGCGGAGGGUGCAAAGAAGCAGGUUCGGGAGUUCAUGGAUGACAUGGCGUCGGUUGAGGUGACCCUUUAG